AUGGGGAUAUGCUGGGCCGUGAAGGAUCCAUCAGACCAGUCCUUUGAUUUGGGCCAAAGGAAAGACGCAUUUGUCAGCCGCAUUGGAGGAGUCUUCGGUUUUGGACGGCCUCCGUCGUGGCACUACCAGACUCCUGAGAACAGCUCACUUUCGUCUGAAGCCUCUCCUACCCAAUCACUGUCAUUGAUAUCAGUUCCACCCCAAAGUUCAUCACCCACCUCGUCCAGCAGCCCACAACUUGACACACACUGGGAGGACAACUUUGAAAUUCCAUGGACUAAAUUUCCAGAGGAACUGAUGCAACCUUUGGAGAGGGGGAAAAGGCCAGGCCCAAAACUCAGGAGACAGAUGGUCCHGAUUGUUGUGACUGAGAUGAUGGAAACAUGCCCUCACCAAGAUGUCAUAGAGGGAGACAUUGUAGGCAUAGGCUACCAUUCCCUUGUGAAACAGUUGCAAAACAGAAUAGAAAAUGUGAGGCACACUUCAACACCCCAAAUAAGAAGAGAAAACAUGAGAAGGAGAGAGCAGCAAUGCAGGACAUUUACGGAUGCAUUAAAUGGAAUGUACAAUUCCUGCCUCGUGAAGAAACGCAAGAAAGCCAGCAGCAAAAGAUGGAAAAAACUCAAGGUGAUGUUGCAACAGUCUGAUGCCAAUCCASAGGAGGUGAAGGGUCUUAUGAAGUCCACCUUUUACACACAGCGCCAACARGUCAACCAGGGUAAAAGUAUCAAGUGCCUCAGAGAGCAGUGGCCAUUUUUGUUUGAUGAAAUUGGCAUGCCAGUCCACUUCAAGGAACUCACUGGGAUCAACCUCAAAGAGACAUUCAUAUGCAAUUUGGAUUUAAAGGGGAAAAGACUCCUCAACUACCUGACCACUGUUUGUGUCAAG